UGCAUAAUUCCCUUACUAUUUUGAAUGAUGCUAUUUUUUUUGGAGGAUUUGUGAGAAUCAUUGAGAGGGGAUAUGAUUCUCUAUUUAUUCCAGAAGGACAAAAUAGACAGGGAAUUAAUCUUUUUCUUUCUGGGAUCACCAAAGCAGUUACUUUGAUGAACUCAAUUGCUUCCAAAAAAUUAGCAAUUGAGCAAGUUUCAGUUGAGGCUGUUACGGAUAUGAGGAUUUCUAAAAUGAAUUUGGAUUUUUACCCUUUGAUGGGGAUUAUCCUCAUUCCUUUGAAACUGAGCUCUCCAUUUCGGGUACAUUAUUUCAAGCUGAUAUUGAGCAUUUUGAAGAUCAUUGUUUGGAUUUGGUUGUCGACAACUUUGAGCAAAUCUCUGACGAAUUUGCUAAACUCAAGGAUUUCUUUCAUGUCACUUUGACAAAUGGGGUGGAUUCACUUUCCCAUUAUCUCAUUUAUGAAUUUUAGAGGCUUCUUACCUCAACUCUGAGUACUUUGACAUUGGGACCUAGUAAUGAUGAGAUAUCUUCUAAAAUAGAGAGUGAUUCAGAGCAAAAACAAAAUUCAGGUGAUGGUUCAAGAAGUAGACAUGCUCAACCAGAAUCGGUUUUUUCAGGUGCACCGGAAAACCAAAGGAUUCCGAAGCUGCUACCACCACUAGCACCCUACCGGUUCUUGGUGCCGUGCCCCACACAGCAGAGUUGUUGCGGAACAAUAUGCCGAACUCCACACAAGAAUUGAAUGGUAGUAAUGGAAAGGACCUAUUUUGAGGAGUGAGAUGGAGGCCGCGAGAAUUGAAAAUGGGUGAUCGAAGGUCCGAAGUCCACGACCCAAACAAAGCAAUUGCGGUGUGGCUCAAUACAUUUGAGACGGUCGAGGAAGCUGCCAUAACUUACGAUAAAGCUGCCAUUGAAUACAAAGGAAAC